CUUAAUUUGUAGGUACAUGGCAGACAUACACAGUUCAACUUUCUUCAUUCUCUUUUCACGUAAUAUCUAUCUUUUUCUCAGCCGGUGAUCCAGUUUCAGAACAACAUUUCUGUUAAUUCCUAUAAUCAAGUUAACCACAUCAACUUUUAAGCAUAUUACACGUGAUACUAGUGCGAAUAUUACGAUAUCAGUGAUCUUUUUUACAGCAGCAUACAAGUUGUUAGCCCUAAAUUCAGCCUACAAGACCAUAUAAUAGUUAAGUGAUUAAAUUCGUCUUGAAUCAAGUAGAUUUUAAGGAAAUAAAAUGAUAAGAACUGUGUUUCUAUUAGUGCCGAUUUUCGUAUUCGGCGUCAACGCUCAGUUUAAAUGUCCACAAAGAACCGGAUAUUUUCCUGACCCUGUGCAAUGUGAUUUAUAUUACGAGUGUUCGAGAGGUCAGUUUGAGCAAAAACUGUGUCCUGAUGGAUUAGUGUUCGAUGACUCUGAUCCCAAUCACGAAAGAUGUGACAUCCCAGCAAACGUGGAAUGUGGUGACCGGACUGAAUUACAGGAACCAAAACCGAGCAAAGGAUGUCCAAGAGCAAACGGCUUCUAUCGACAUGAUGAUCCGCAAGUGUGCGACAAAUUCUUCAACUGUGUUGACGGUAAACCCAUUGAAUUGCCAUGUCCUCCAGGCUUAAUUUAUGACGAUGUUGCCAGCACAUGCGCUUGGCCAGAAAGCAGUGGUCGUCAGUGUACGAAUAGCAAAAGAGACUCUUUAGAUGAUGGAUUUUCGUGCCCCGAAGGUAAUGUGCAAGGUCCCGAUGGCAGAACGCUUCCUCAUCCAACGUUCGCUCAUCCUGAAGACUGCGACAAAUUUUAUAUAUGCAGGAAUGGGGUGCAACCUCAGAAAGGAUAUUGCGCUAACAAAACCGUGUAUAAUGAAGAAUCCUUUAGAUGUGAUGAUCCCGCUAAUGUUCCUGGAUGUGAAAACUAUUUCAGCGGAAACAAAAACUAACAUCAAACUGAAGAAAUAAUUUCCAUCCUGCAGAGGUCGUUUUCAACCCUAUAAAAUUAUUUGUGUUGUUAUUUAUUAUACUAUAAGUGUGUUACUUAUGUUAGUCGUUAAUACUAUUUGUAUUUUUGGAUGUUUCGAAAUAUUAUCUUUUAAAUCUAAAAGUGUACUUAGUAGUAUUUAAUGUAUCUGACAGCUAUGUAAUAAAUAGCUUUUCAAGAAAA